AUGUUUGUGCUUAAAUAUGUUCUAUUAAUUUUAUUUAUUACGAUAUCCCACUGCAGAUUACCUGACAAAGUUAAAUGUGUAAACGAAGAAUGUAGCAAACCUAUAUCAAAAGCGAAAACUUUAAUUAACUACAAUAGUGGUGAUCCAGAUCUUAUGUCAUUCCCUGUUAAUGCAGAAGCUAUAAUUUAUAUGAAAUCAGCUGGGAUCCAUCCUGAUAUUUGGUAUGCAAGUAUCAAUGGUAAAUCAGGUUUUGUUAACUCUUUAUUUUUAAAGGAAACCAAAAAAAUUGCACAGGCAGAUAUAAUUUUACCUAUUGAAAAUAUAAAAGUACCUAAUGUACAGCCUGAUAAAGUUCAACAACCACAUGAAAUAUUUGAAGGAACCACAAUUUAUACUACUGAACCAACACCAUCUCAACAACAACAACAAGAAAUAACACCACCUACAUUUGUGACUGCAAAAGAAGACAUAGCUGCUACAACUAAUUUAGAUAAUGUUCAAAGCAGUGUUAAUAAUCAAAAUGAUAAUAUUAUAGAUAUUAAUAUUGAAACUCUAUUAAAUCAAAAUACUUUUAGUUCUAUAAAUACUCCUGAGACAUUAAAUCGUCCAGAACAAAAUACAGAAAUUACUAAUGAACUUAUUCAGCAUUCAAAUUCUGCUGUUACUACUGAUGAUGCUCAAAUUAAUGAGAAUAUCCAAUCCGAGAGUGUAAUAGAAAAUAACAUAAAAGUAGAAGAGAAAGUCUCUGAUUUAUAUAAUAAUGAACAAGUUUCUAAUGAACCAUCUAGUAACCAUGAUUUAGUAAUGCCUAACCCUGAUUCUCCGAUAGAUAUUUUGUCUGAAAUUAAGACUGAAAAUGCUUCAAAAGAAUCAAUUGAGGUGCCUGAAAAAGUGGACUUAAUACAAGACUUGACUAAGUCUGAUGUUAAUAGUGCUAGUACAAAUUCCAUGUUUCCAACAAAUAUUAAUAAUGUAGAUGUUUCUCAGUUACCCAAUGAUAGUCCUAAUCUGGUAAACACAGAGGAAGUUGUCGAUUCUGUAAAUAUUCCACAUCUACCUGAAGAAACACCACAAGUGCCCAUAUCUUCAAGCGAAGGUACACCUUUAGGUAGUGAAACAGUUUUAGGCAAUAAUAUUCAAAAUAUUAAUGGAGAGGUUAAUCAUCAACAACUAAAUACAUUACUUGUAUCAACUUUAUCGCCAGUUUCAAAAGAAUCAUCUCAAGAAACAAUAAAUAGUAACUUUGUAACACCUAUAAAUUCAUAUGAAAUAAAUACAGACACAAUUUCAAGUGCCGAUAUCAGCUUAAAAAAAUCAGAUGAAACUUUCCAGACAGUUGAGGCAUCAAGUGUGACACCUGAAACGCUAAGAAAUGAUGAAACUCCUGAAGUACAAAUGAAUGUGGAAAGUGUGACACCAGAAAUACAAAUUAAUGUGGAUAUACCAGUACCUACAACAGAAGUUCCCUUAGUGGAAUCAACAAGUGAGGUUAUAUUAUCCACUACUCCUGAUGAUGAAGUAACUGAAACAACUCCUGUGGUAGCCUCAGAAUAUUUAACAACAUCAACUGAAGACUUAAUACAAGAAAUCUUUAGUGAACCAACAGAACCUACCCCUAAUCAAGAUGAUAAUAGUGAAGGAUUUAUAUCAAGUAUCUACACAACAAUAGCCGAUAUGUGGCCUCCAUCAACCGAAGCACCUUCUGAACCUAUUUUUAAUGAAGAAUAUAUUGAAACUUCACAAAAUAGUGACGAAAGUUUCUCAUUUGUAAAGUAUCUCUUCAAUACUUAUAACUUGGUCAUGGGAACAAAAGAACAAAGUAAUGCUCUAUUUCCUUCAGUUGGUGAAACAUGUUUUACUGAUGAAUAUUGUGAUGGAGAAAGCACAAACAAACAAAAUCGUCUACUAACAUUCCUUUUGACUACAUCUGGUUCAGUCAUACUCUUUAUACUUGGGUACUAUUACAUAGAAAAUAAACGGCAAGAUGGUAAACUAAUUGGGAACAUCAAUAACCUCCAGAGGGAAUUACUAUUUUCGACAAAGGAGUGUGAGAUCCUUAAAGAGGAGCUUGCGUCUACUAAAAGUAAACUAGCAGGUAUUGAGGACAGUUCGUUCGGUAUGGACGACAUGGUUCAAUCGCUAAAAGCUGAAAUCCAGGAGUUGAAAGAAAACAAUGAAAGACUGCGCAAUUCUUUAGAUGAUAAUGAAAAGUUACUCAGAGUAUCCGAAAACACGGCAGGAGAGUUACAAAAUACACUUGGAGAAGUGGAAAAUACUCUUAGUGAGCUCUUGAAUGAAAGAGCGCAUUCAGAAGAGCAAAUUGCUGAGUUAAACGGGAAAAUAGAAGCAUUCGAAGAAGAAUUAAUAUCAGUGAGUCGAGAACGAGAUAAUUUCCAAUUAAAAUAUGUAUCAGCUGAAACUGCAUUGGAGGAAUUUAAAAAACAACAAAAAGUACUUGAAGAACUUAACAAGACAUUGACAGAAGCUAAUAACACUAUUGAAUUGCAGAAACAUGAAAUCGCUGCAUUAAAGGAUGCCAUAAGGGAAAUAAAAAGUGGUUCAUCUUCUAACACUGAUGCAACCUCACUUAUAGAUCAUACUGAGAUCAAAGCAAAACUAUCGAAAGCUCUAGAAGAGAAAAGUACCUUUAAGACAAAAUAUGAGGCAGAACACAAGGAGAGAGUGCAAUUAGCAGAAGAAUUGAAAACCACAAAGGAGUCAUACCAAGUCAGCAGUCAGCAGGCUUCCGAAGCUCUGACAAGGCUGGAAGUGUUGGGGAAGUACUUCCAAGAGAGGGAAAGUGAGCUUAUGAAAGAAUUGAAUGCUAAAGAAGCAUUAUGGCUCAGCAAGCAGGGAGAGUCAACCAGCACCGUAGAGAAGAUAGAACUGUUACAACAAGAAGUUCAAAGAUAUAAGGAGAAAUGCGACGCGCUAACGCUAGAGCUGGCGGAGCAAGAGUCUGCGCGGCGCGCGGCGGUGGCGGCGGUGGAGGCGCGCGCGCACGAUGCCUGGCUCGAGGCGCGCGCCGCCAAGCGCGACGCCGCCGCCGCGCGCGACGACGCCGCCGCGCUGCGCAGGAAGCUCGCCGCCGCCGCCGCGGACGGUGCCGCCUCACCGCAUAGACUUGUAGCUUCACCAUUAGAAGCGGACUUGGGCCUGCCGGGGCCUCUGCCCCCACUGGCGUUCCUGCCCCCGCCGCUGCUGCCCCCGCUGCCGCGCCCCCCGCCCCUGGGCCGUCUGCCCUCACCUCAUCCGCCCAGAUACGAGCGCCGCUACUCGUCCGACAGCCGCUACUCGCCCGAAAGCCGAUACUCGCCCGAGAGCCGUUACUCGCCCGAGCCAGUGCGCUACUCGCCUCGCUCACGUCGCUCACCCCGCUCUCCCCGCUCUCCUCGCUCACCUCGCUCUCCCCGCUCUCCUCGCUCUCCUAUCUCGCACCGCUCGCCAUACUCCCCCCGUGAGCGAAGACGCUCUAUUGAAAGAUAUAACGGUCGAGGAUCGCGAUCAAGGAACGGUCCGGCCGAUACUGAAACCGAGUACAACUCCGACAGCCCAACGCGGAGACCGCGUAGGAGAUAUUCCAGACAAUCAGGGCCCAGUUCUGGUUCUGGAUGUUCAUCGGAGUCGGAGAAG